AUGCCCGCCAGCAUGUUCAGCAUCGACAACAUCUUGGCCGCCCGGCCGCGCUGCAAGGACUCGGUGCUGCCGGUGGCGCCGAGCUCCGCGGCUCCGGUCGUCUUCCCGGCCCUGCACGGGGACUCGCUCUACGGCGCCGGCGGCGGCGGCACCUCCUCGGACUACGGCGCCUUCUACCCGCGGCCCGUGGCCCCCGGCGGCGCGGGCCUCCCGACCCCGGUCGGUGGCUCCCGCCUCGGUUACAACAACUACUUCUACGGGCAGCUACACGUGCAGGCGGCGCCGGUGGGCCCGGCCUGCUGCGGGGCCGUGGCGCCCCUGGGCGCUCAGCAGUGCUCCUGCGUGCCGACGCCCCCAGGCUACGAGGGCCCGGGUUCGGUGCUGGUGUCGCCCGUGCCCCACCAGAUGCUGCCCUACAUGAACGUGGGCACGCUGUCGCGCACCGAGCUACAGCUGCUCAACCAGCUGCACUGCCGGCGGAAGCGGCGGCACCGCACCAUCUUCACCGACGAGCAACUAGAAGCGCUUGAGAACCUCUUCCAGGAGACUAAGUACCCGGACGUGGGCACGCGCGAGCAGCUGGCCCGCAAAGUGCACCUCCGCGAGGAGAAAGUGGAGGUCUGGUUUAAGAACCGCCGCGCCAAAUGGAGGCGACAGAAGCGGUCGUCUUCGGAGGAGUCGGAGAACGCAGAGAAGUGGAACAAGGCGUCAUCGAAAGCGUCGCCCGAGAAGAGGGAGGAGGAAGGUAAAAGCGAUGUGGACUCGGACAGCUGA